UUAAAACCUUAAAAUUAAUGUUUUUCAAAAUACUUACAUUUAUUUUUUUGUGAGAGAUUUGAUGAAAUAAAAAUAAAUUUAGGAUUAGUUUUAAGUUUUUUUAGAAUCCCAAGUCGCGCUCCCCUGAUCUCCGCCAAAGGAACUACAUAAAAUAUGUAGGUAAUAUACAGUGAAUUUUUUACUUUAUGUUUAUUAUUAAUUUAAAUAUUUAGUCCAUCGAAUUAGAGCCAAAAUUUAUAAAAACGAACAGUAAUAUUUGCAUUAAACAUUAUUUUGUUGAAUUUUGUUCCUACUGCGAUAAACAGUGUUUGUAUGCAAUUGUGUGUAAGCCUGCAAUAAAUUAGUAUUCUUGUACAAUUCUCACUUUUUGCUUUAAUACAAUUUAAACAUAAAAACGAGGAAAAAGCAUCGGUUCGAUGCAUGGGUAAAAAUAAGCCGUUGCGUUGUUCAAACAAUACAACACAACUCCUCGGUAUUUAACAGAAAUAACCGUCUCAGAAGGACGGCCCACAGGCUUAUAGCUUUUGUAGUGCACGCACGGAAAAUAAGAGGGUGACAAUUGGCUGUGGGAAACAAACCUCCCUACUAAAGUGAAUGGAACAUAACACAAGUUUGCAGACUCGUUAAGUAAUAACUGCUUGACAAUAUAUUUGGAACCGGUAGCCGCCAGAUUUGAAUUUUAAUUGGAUUUAACAUUGAUGAAUAAUCAAGUAACGUACUUAAGUAGGUAAUCGAUUUUGCUGCAUGUUGUUUUAGUAAAUGGACGAACGCGAAUAGCCAGAAAGAUUAGACAAGUUAGUUAGGUAUUGAAGCUUAGGAAGGCAGAAGCUAUCUGUGUUUUGUACUUUUAAUUUUUCGAUAUUGUCCGGACCGGGUAAACACGUGCAAUGUGUAUCAUUGAUUUUCGUUUAAUACCUUUUUCUUUGUACUUUUGAAUAACCGACAUAGUAGCCUUAGCAACGAAAUCAACAGUUUUCUCUCUCUUUGCUGUUGUUAUCGUUCAGUGCCGUGUGACAUUUCCUCGAAGCUAGUAAUCAUUUCAGUGAUUAAGUUCAUAGAUGUUGCGAUCAAAGAGGUUGGAUUUGGUCGAAUCGCGUUCAUGGAUCAAAAAGUUGAAAGCAGAAAACCGGCAACUAAAAGAAUGGCAUAGGCGUUACGAACAAACUAUACUCAGGUACGGUGACACUUCCGUCACGCUGCAACAUAUCAUAUGUACCUACAAAGACGAUUUACGGAUGAUGCAAAAACGUACACGGGAGUUGAACAGCCAGUUAAGACAAACCCGUGCCAUCAACGAAAAUCUAACCUCCGAAUUGGCCGCUUUACAAAAAGAACACAAACACCUGCUGGACUUGUCCAAGAACAAGCAGUUGGAAGAACGCGAGAAACUCAGCAACAAUCUAGAAGAGUCCAUUGGGGUGAUCAAAGAGCUGGAGAAAAAAAGUCAGAGUUUAUCCAGAGCUCUUGAAUUGCAAAAAAAAAAUCAUCGUGAGCGGCUGGUCGAGGAGACGGACAGAGUGAAACUGUUGCAAUCAGAACUGAAACGAAUGAAGGACAAGUACGAAAAACUGUACUCCGAAAUGGAAAUAUUCAAGUACAAGAGUUACGGUGGAAGGCGGAGUUUCGUCCGUGGAAUAUCUACUUGUUCUCCCGAUAACGUGACGACCAAGCUGGUAACGAUCACUGGAGCGAGGAAGGAAUUGAUGUCCAUUCGAAAUGCUGAGCUCUGCAUAGGCGAAGAGUCGUUCGAACAACAAACGACCAACGUGCCAAGGAAAUCUAUCAAACCGGAACUAAAACAUGAAGAUUCCGAAAUCAGUGAACACACUAGUGAAAUGCAGAUAACCCUUAUGCGGCAAAUACACCAGGAUGUGAUUGAAAAGCCAAAAAUGCUUAUGAAAAACGACACGACCGAUUUUUCGGAUCGUCCUUGGGCGAAUCGAGAUAUUGUAGACAUGUUAAAGGUGGACGAAUUGGAAUCAAAAGAAGCGGAUAAUUCGUUGGAACUCGAUGAGUGUUCCGGGGCGAAAAAUCCUUUUUCUAUUCCAGAGAAUUUAGAGAAAAGGCAACCAAAGCACAGAAAGAACGCGGUUAUGGCCAAAUUUAAGACGUCGAUGUCUCAAAAAAGCGUAUCAAAGUGUUCUUCGUCAGCCUCUUCUUCUGGGAUUUAAAACUGUUGUUGAUAAAAUCCAAAAUACUUGA